AUGGAUCGGCGGCAACAGUCACCACCGUCGCCACCUCCAUCUCCGCCGUCACGAACCAUACUCGGAAAAUACCAGCUCACAAAAUUCCUCGGACGCGGAAACUUCGCGAAGGUUUACCAGGCAACUUCCCUGAUAGACGGUUCAACAGUCGCCGUGAAAGUGAUCGACAAAUCCAAAACGGUGGACGCAUCCAUGGAGCCACGAAUCGUUCGUGAAAUAGACGCCAUGCGCCGUCUUCAAAACCAUCAAAAUAUCCUCAAAAUUCACGAAGUUUUAGCUACGAAAACCAAGAUCUAUCUCAUCGUCGAUUUCGCCGGCGGCGGUGAGCUUUUCUACAAACUCUCCCGACGAGGUAGGUUUACCGAGUCCGUCGCUCGUCGGUACUUUCAACAACUCGUCUCCGCUCUCUGUUUCUGUCACAAAAACGGCGUCGCUCACCGUGAUCUAAAACCGCAGAAUCUCCUCCUGGACGCCGACGGGAACCUCAAGGUCUCCGACUUCGGUCUCUCCGCGUUACCGGAACAGCUUCAAAACGGUCUCCUCCAUACAGCUUGUGGUACUCCGGCGUACACCGCGCCGGAGAUUCUGGGCCGCAUCGGAUACGACGGAUCUAAAGCAGACGCUUGGUCAUGUGGCGUUAUCCUCUACGUACUUCUCGCCGGUCAUCUCCCGUUCGACGAUUCAAAUAUUCCGGCGAUGUGUAAGAGAAUCAUGCGGCGGGAUUUUCAGUUUCCGGAGUGGAUUUCGAAGCCGGCGCGUUACUUAAUCUAUCAGCUACUCGACCCGAACCCUAAAACCCGAAUAAAAUUAGAAAACGUGUUUGCAAACGCGUGGUUUAAGAAAUCGUUAAGAGAAGAACCUGAAGUUAAAGUUUUCGAAUCGGAGUUAUACAAAAAAUACUGUUGCGAAGGUAGCAAGAAACUAGAAUUGGGGAUGAAUGCUUUUGAUAUAAUAUCGAUGUCUUCGGGUUUGGAUUUGAGUGGUUUGUUUGAAACUACGUCGUUUAGGAGUGAAAAGAGGUUUACUUCAAGUGAAGAAAUUGGUGUGGUGGAAGAGAAAGUGAAGGAGAUUGGAGGGGGAUUAGGGUUUAGAGUUGAGAUUGGGAAAAAUGGAACAAUUGGGUUGGGGAAAGGGAAGGUAACUAUGGUUGUUGAGGUGUUUAAGAUAGUGGAUAAUUUGUUGUUGGUAGCACUAAAAUUGGAGAAUGGUGGAAUGGAAUUUGAGGAUCUUCAUUGGAAUGAUUGGAAAAUUGGGCUUCAAGAUGUUGUUAUUUCAUGGCAUAAUCAUGAAUCAAAAUUUCCAUGUAACAAUGUUGGUGAAUCUGAAAGAAACAUUGCUUAA